AUGCCGUUCUGCAAAGGAACAUUCACCUUCGAAGGCGGCUGCAAAUGCAAAGCCGUUCGCUAUCGCGUGUUCGUUCCUCCGUGGCAAUCACGCAUCGCACUGCCAUAUAAAUCACAAGAGGGAGAUAUCGAAGACAGACUACCCGUCUCCAUCAUCUGUCAAUGCAACAAUUGCCGUGAGGCGACGGGACAGAUCGGAGCGCAAUAUGUUGUGCUCCACGCGUUGACAUUCAUGAUUUCGUCGAGAAAGAAGACAGAUAACCCGUCGACUAUGACGUCGGGUCGCGAGGAGUCUGAAUGGUUACAUGGAAGGUUUGAGGACAAUUUGGAUCCUUCUUCUUGGCUGACUGGCUUUGCUUCUUCACCUGGGCGUCGUCGGUGGUUCUGCGCGCGCUGCGGUACACCUAUCGCAUACACUAUAGAUGAGGGGAAGGGCCCGGAAGGAUGGCCUCCAAUGGUUGAUAUCAUUCUUGGCACGGUUGAUCGACAAUGGUUGGAAAGAGAGGAUUUCAAACCUGAACAUUCGCUAUGGACGGCUUUAGGAGUUCCAUGGGUUAGAGAACAACUUAGAGAUGGUGCAGUUAGUAUGGCAGAGCAUCCACUGAUUCAUGUGGAUAAGAAGAUGGGUGAUGAUAUCAGCUCCGUAGUAGAUUGGCUGAGCUCUAUGGGUGCGAGCGUUGAGAUUACUAUUCCUAAGUAA